CGUUGAUAAGAAAACACUGCAUCUCCAAGAACCUGUCACAGAUAAGAUUCAUAAGAAUGGCACUGACAGCUUCAUUAUCGACGGUUUCGUGUACACCGCCACCAUGGGUGUCGACUCGAAGCGUGCCAACUGCUCGUGGUCCAUCAACUUCUCUGUCUCUCUUUACUGGUUCAAAACCAAGAAGCAAUUUCUCAAUAAAUGUGUUCAGCAACUCUGCAUCUCGCUCAGGACUUCUUCACUGCUCCUUUCUCUCUUCUUCUCUCGCAUUCCCUUCUUCCUUUUCAGGUUUGUCUUUGGGAUUGGAUAUGAAUUCUAGUGGGGUAAGAAAGGAAAGAGGCUACGGCCUAGUAGUCAGAGCUGGAAAGGCUGCUCUUUGUCAAACCAAGAGGAACAGGUCUCGGAAGUCUCUGGCCAGGACUCAUGGCUUCCGUCGAAGGAUGAAAACCACCAGUGGAAGGGCAGUGUUGAAACGUCGACGUGCCAAGGGACGAUGGCUCCUUUGCACCAAGUCCAACCCUAAUUCAGGAAAACGUCAUCUUUAAAUUGGUCUAAUAGGUUCAUUUGAUGAAGUGUAAUAGUGCCUACUAAUUGUUUUUGUACACUUGAUACCUUUGCAAGUUCGUAUUCAAAGAUAUUAUCUCAAAUUUUCCAUUUGUAAUGCCCUUUGUAUAUCAAUUCCUGCUUUCUGUCUUGAUUUA